GAUUUGAUCGGAUAAAAUACAAAAACAAGAUGAACCGUUCUCGCCGAGCCACCUCAGCUAAUAGCAAAGCAUUUGUUUCCGGAGGAGUUUAUAAUCCGAAUGUCGCGGCCAAGCCCUUGAUUCAACCGCCGGCAAAUGCUCUGUCGCAGGCAUCUCCAGUGUCGGCGCCUACCCCGACUCCAGUGCCGGCUCCAGUUGCAGUCAAAGAGGUGCAGGCAAAGAAAAAAGAUGCACCGCCAUCAGUUAGUGCCUUGCCCAUUCCAAUAUUUGUCAAGGAUGAACCCGUUGCCAUGGCCGAGGACGAGUCGUCGCCCAUCGAAAGCGCAAGCGAAGGGUUUUACAUCGACAUAAGCGCCGAUAAUGGCAACGGAGGGAAAAUCCCGUUCAAGAAGAUCUUCCAGAAGCGCAAGAAGUCAUCGGAACGCACUCGCGAUAAGAAGCAACGCCAGAAUCGCCAGCUACGCAAGUCGAUGUUGCCGAAAAAUGCCCUAAUGGCUCUCAACGAACUCAAGGGCGUUAACAUAAGUGAUUUUACCAUCAAUAGCAAUCCUGAUGGCGGAUUCACUGCCAUACUCACGGUCAACUCGAACCAGUACCAUGGAAAGGGGCUCUCCAAGAUGGCGGCGAAAAAUUUGGCCUGUGAGCAUGCACUGCGUGAUUAUAUAAUUGCCAAAAUGAAGCCAAAGCCUCGCAAACCGAAGAAUAUUGCUGUGGAAAACCAAGCAUCGACUGGCCCAGAGCCCAUGGACACCAAUGGAAGCGACACUGAAUCACCCGAAGACGAAUUGCCAAUGCUCAAUUUGGCAUCGUUUGCAAUAUAUAAAUUAUUCAGCGAGUGGGAGCGCGACGGUUACGUUGUGCCCGAAAUGCAUCCAUCGGCAAAUGCACAGCCGCAGCAGGGAGACGCCAAUGCAGCAGUUCCCGUCGUCCCCAAGGAGCCGAAGAAGCCACCAGUGCGUGCCGAAUUGCCCCCAAACUGGCAGACCAUGCACCCGGCCACAUUGCUCUGCAUUAUGCGCCCUGGAAUUGCGUAUGAGGACUAUGGCACCGCUGGCGACAAGCCCAACGUGCCCCAGUGUCUCGGUGUGAUUGUUGACAACCAGGAGUUUACGGCCAAUGGACGCUCAAAGAAAAUAGCACGUCGAAAUGUUGCCGUGAAUGUUUGCAACACAUUGUUCGGCACCAAUUUCACAUAUGAAGAGUAUUAAGCUACAUCAGACUAACGCAGACUAACUACUAUGUAUAGUAAGUCAGUUAAUUGUUCGAUGUACAUAUGUGCAUCAAUAUGCUUCUGUUGUUCAAUUCAAUUAAAUUUAAAUCUAAUUUUCGUCAAAAGCUAAACUCUGGAUGAAUCGCGAUCCAUCAUCCAUCAGCAUUGGACCGUAUAUUGAACAUUAUCGAACAAUUACCGCAAGUCUAAAAUGUAUCCAUUCAAGUUGUACCAUCUGAUCUGUAAUCUCCUGUACGAAUAAGUUAAACAAAACAAAUGUAUGUCAUAUUCAAGAUAAACAUUUAUACUAUCUGUUGAA